AAGGUACCAGACAGUAAAGAGAAUAUCGAUUCAAGAACCAAUCAGAUCUGAAUGCUUGGUUACAAAAAUAACCAAUGACAGUGUCCAUUUCAUGGUGGCUGGCCCGUCUUGCCCUGCCACUCGACACCUACUGGUUAUUCCAAUGAGAGGCAUCAAGCCGGGUCCUGUGUUGCUGCUCAGUUUGGCCACGCUGACUUGUGCGUCUAUUUUGGUACCUUGUGAGCUCGCACAGAGCAGGCCGGCCACACCAGCGCAUUUGAACAUGGAUCCAGGGGCUUGACUCACUGAGGUGCCACUCUGGAUUGCUGGACUUAACUCUGGGGAUUUGUCCUUAACCAUACGUUAGUGUGGGGAGACCUCUUGCUGUGAGCAUGACACACCCAUCACCAAGGUGAAGGACAGAUCCCAAGAGUGAGCUGAGGGGAAAGACCCACUGCGCUGCAGCAGCAACACAGGACACAAGUCUAGCGAUGAAAAAAUAGCAAGAAACUUGCUGACACCAUGAGUUGCGUGGAAAAGCGACACAUAAACCACCGGAUGGGAAGCAUGCUACACCAUCGCUUCCCCAACGGCUUCACAGACUUGUUUAUGGACGAGACGGAUCGAGAGGUCAGCACCCUGACCGACAGGGCCUUCCGUAGUCUCUGCGUCGGGGACGAUGCAGUGUACAACGACGAAUUUCUGUAUGGAUACUCGCCGUACAGCUGCCUCAAGCCUUUAGCAGGGGAGCCCUUUAAAAAGAACCCACAUAAGGAAUCUAAAAAAGCAGGACAACACAAACAGGAUAAAGACGAUGCUCAGCCCUGCAAACAGCAGCAGCAGCAACAUGAUGACAUAUCCCACAUGUCAUCCUUCCUCAAGGUGCUAAGCGUCGCAGAGGAAAGGAAUGGAGGUAUGACGGACUCUAAUGGUGAAUCGUGGGAUAAAUCGGCACUUCGCAGCAUAGAAAGAGAGCUUUCAGAAUUUUCUUCUGACUAUCACACUAGUCUCACCAAUAGACAUUACAAGAACAAUAAGUCUGGUUGUGGUUCUUCUAAUAAAAAAUGCAAGGAUGUCAAUCUUCCAUCUGGGAAUCUGACGAAGAUUAAAAAUGCUAAAUCCACAGCAAAGCUUAGAAAACUGAACAUAAAAAACUUUUUCCUUCACAGCGAGUUUAGUCCUUUCCAAACAUGGACAGAUCUGAACCGGUACCCCUUUGGCCAAGACAACACAGUCACCGAUAUUCUCUGUGCUGACAAUGUUCCUAAGUGGUACGACUUGCCCUUUUACAAGGAGCUGACUGAGGCACAUACAUCAGAGAUCCUGCAUACGGAGGAGGUACAGUCGUGCCAGAAAGUAAGAGUUGAGCCGUCCACUGCCAAAGUUCCUGACCCCAGCCCUGCCCCUCCCCCACCAAAAGUCCUGCCAAAGCCUGCGGCCCCUCUGGCUGAAAAGAGGUGCUCCUCAGAUGGAGGGGAUAAGACUGCUGCUCCAUGGAGACGCAAUGGCCCCAGGGCAAAAAGUGUGAUCCCAGCAAAUCAACUUCGAAAACCACCUCAAGAAAGUAAUUCAAAACCGAUGGAUGAAAAUAUUUUGGUGGUCAAAAAGGACGCAGAAUCUGUGGAAGUGAAGGCAAUUCAGGAAGUAAGCUCUUCAGCCUCUACACCAUUUAGCAUCUGUCAACUGAUGACUCCCGUCAUUCCCUCCAGACAGCCAACAGAAACUUCAGAAAUCCUCCAGGCAGUUCUCUCACCCUCUGUCCUUGACCUUCUGAGCAGGCCUCACUCCGAGGCCAAAGUGACUCCUGAACCUCCGGUCAAACGAGAAACCUACAAAUCGCUUGCAUCGAGCAUCCUCUUCAACUUGAAAGACAACAGGAAGAGGGUGAAGAGUCGAUACAGCCCACAUAAAUUCAAAACUCUGGAGCUUUCUGAAGGUGGCAUCCAGUCGCCACCCUCAGAUAAUGCGAAUCAUCCUCCUUCUGAGGGCAGUGGCUCUGGCUUAAGUACACCGGCCAAAGAUGGGCAGACAAUUAGCGGCCCUGUUUUGGAACAUAUUAUAUCCCCAUCGAAUGUUGAAUUUACAGGGCAUUGCAAUGACAAGCCUUUACCAGAUGACUAUUUGUUGGCAAAUUUACUGCAGACUAAAUGUGAUGCUGACAAUAGCAAUCUUGGAGAGGAGAACUCCAUUUCAUCAUUUAUAAAGAAGAAUAAGAGUCCAAUGGCAAAAAAGCAAAACUAUCCAUCCCUGAAUUUGUACAAGAAAACCAAUCCUGUUGACAGUGAUCUGAAAUAUCUGCAAGUACCCCCAAGCAACAACACUUUGACUAACACUGAUUUAAUGACUAAUGCAAAAAACAGAGAGCUUUCUCCAAAUGCACUGCCAACAAACACAGGGCUUUCACCAAGUACUUUAAAUGUCAUCAAAGAUUAUUCACCCAUAAUUUCACCCCACAUACUGGAGAGAGGGGGGCUGUCAUCAGGGGAGAAAACACAGCCAAAUGUCCCAGAGAAAACUGAAUGGCCAGUGAAAGAUACAAAGGACUUUGCAGUUCAUCUGGCUUCACAGGAAGACGACACAGGUGGCCAAACCAUUAGUACAACAAAUGUAAUCAGAGCCGCAAAGGAAGCAAUUAAUGCAGCCAAAAAUAAAGCUCGAUCAGCAAGUCAUUCAGACAGCAACAGCAAGCAGAUACCAGACGCAGAUGUAAUGAGGCAGAAGGAAAGGGAUCAGAGAGUUUCUAAAGAGCCCUUUGAAAGCAGGAGGGAUAGUUUGGUAACAGAAAACAACUAUGGGUUAUUGCUAAAUGAACCAUCUGAUACAACACUGGUUAGCACAAAUAGCAAUAUUAGCAAAGAGCCUCCACCAGUACCAAAAAGAACUUUUGCUAAAUCAGAUCUGCAGCUCUGCUUGUCUCCUGACAAGCAGCGGAGACGUUAUGCUGACAAAGCCUCUAAUAGUGAUUUGGUAGAUGCAAAACCAGAUUUACUAAAUAAAGAACAUGAACCUGUCCAUAAACAAGGCAAACCUAAGCAUGUCUUCUCAUCCAGACAGAACAAUUUUAUCAAACAUCAGAGAUACACAUUGACAGAUGAUGAGCAGGCAAAGGAAUGCAAGGAAAGCAACUUGAACGUGAAUGCAAAAAUGGAGGCGGAUGUCGAAGUAAAGUCAGUAGGAGACAUAAGAGACAGCGAGCAUAUUUUUAACGAUUUGCAGGCUUUGAAAGAGCUGGAAAGAGCACGACUUGGUGAUCGCGUGCUUGAGAAUGCGAAGAACAAACAGGAGGUUUUUAACAUUGACAAGGAGGCAAAGGUUAAAAACAACUUGAUCUCCAGGGAGCUUCGUAACAUUAAGAGAGGUAUGCUAUCGAUGAGAGGAAACACGUCGGCUAAGAAAAAAAUAUUUGCAGAGAAGGAGCAGAGCAAGCAGGAGGUCUUCACAAAGGUAGACAGUAAUGUCAUUGUGAACAAAGUACUUCUAAAUGAUAAUUAUGACAAAGCUAAAAUGGCACUUGAGGAGAUUAUCUCAGAGCGGGAGAGAAGGAAUAAAUUUACAGAGCAGGAGGCAGUUUUAGCAUCUGAAAACAACAUUCUAGAUGAAGGUUGUGAAACAUGGUUACAGGAUGGUAAAGCUUAUAAAGACUGUAUGACUAGACCAAGAGAAGAAAAGAAUAACAACACUUCUCCACUUCAGGAGAAAAACCGAAAACAAAGAUUAGGUGAUUUAAGAGUAACAAGCCAAUCUAGACCUGCUGAGACCUUCGGAUUGGGAAGUAGGGAAGCUCUACUGGACAAAGCAGGAAAUGAGCAAAAUCUAUGCCUAAAAGUUAAAGAUAAAAAUGUUGGGGGAAAGUUAGUUGAUAAUCAUGCUCAUAAUCGCGAUGUCAGUUUACCAGAAACAGCAGGGCAGGUGUGUAAAGACAGUAAGGAAUACUUGAUAAAUGAAAGGAAAGACACAGGUGUAGAUGCUCCUCCUGUUCCACCAAGGAGCAAAAAAGGAGUUAGUAGAGGAGAUGGGAGCGCAACAAGUGACAAAGAUCUGGUGGGUUGCUAUGGUAAAAAUGAAAAUUUUGAAAGGAGUGAAGACCAAUCAUGUGACAUCAGGACAGGCCCUAAAAUAUAUGUAAGCGCAGAUACUGAGGAAGCUCUACCUAGUCAGAGAGAAACCUCUUUAAGAGAGAGGGAGGAUGAGGUAAAAAACAUUGCAGCAAUGGCAUUUACAUAUGGGUUAGUUAAAAAUUCAGUGAUUAACACUAGUCCAAAAAGAGAAGUCACACCUGGAAGUCAUGCUAACACUCAGGAGUCCUGCAAGGUGAAACAGAAAGCCCCCUUGAAACCAGACUAUUUAAUUAAACAAGGUGAUGAUCUGAUCAAGAACUUCAAACCUAAUGAACAUUUCAAAAUAACUAGUGAGGAUAUAACUAUAGAUGCAGAAGAACUUGGUGAAAUCCCCAGAAAUAUUGUAUCACCUUUGCUGCCGAUAAAAGGUGUCAGUGUUGCACAGAGCCCACCUGAUCAAGCGAGCUUGUCCUCCAUAUCCUCCUACUUCUCUGUGGAAAGUACACUGCACAGAACCACAGAGACCGAGUCAAAUGUCUUCCACUCUCUAGAGAACUCACCAGCUGAGGUGGAGGAGGUGAUUGAACUGGGACAACCUGUUUCACGAAGCAAUUCAAAUGGAGGUGGGGUGGGGUACUGUUGCUUAAGCGAUCACGAAAGCGAGCUGGAAGGCAUGAAUAAACGGUUGAAGUCCACACAAAACCAACCAGACCUACAGCAUACGGAUAGCAUGGAUAAAAACAUUGUCAUCACAGAUGAAAGACUUGUCAAUGAAGAAAGCAAUUCAACUACAUCAUCUUCCAGUACUUUUUCUCCAAUUUUGGGAAUCCCGGCCUUGUUCAAAGUCAAAGACAACAGUUUUAAUAGUAAGACAAAGAAACCUGUACUACCCUGGUCACCAAGAGGUAGUAACAAUGUAUCAGACAAAAUAGACAAAGAGUUAAAUCGGACAAGGGAAAACCCUGAGCUCUCACUGGUAAAUGACACUUCUACCAACAAUAUCAUCAUAACUCCACCUGAAGUCUUUAAACCUAUAGAGAUUUCAGCAAGCAAAUCACCACAGUUCUUGACAGUGUCCUCAAAUAUCCAAAAUGAAAGCCCCAAGACAUCCCAAGUUGGGAAUUCUCUACUAGUCCCACAGGAGGAAGAACGGUUUUUCAGGGUGACCCCAUCAUCUGAAGAUAUUGAGAGUUUACCAACUAGUUCUGCUGACCCAACUGAUGAUGCAGUGACAAAUGCUAAACUUCUUGAAGAAAGUGAAAUGACAAAGGACAUCAGUGAGCAAUCAGAAUUCAUUUCCAGUGGUAAUGACAAUCAAACUGGACUGACCAAACCUCCAGCAGUCUUACCAAAAUCUGAAAAAGCAGUUCAAAAAGCCAUUAAACUAACAAACAGAAGGAUGAAGAAGGAAGAGUCCCAGAAAUCAUCACAAAAGUCAUCUCAAAGCAGCGGCAAACACAGAGCUGAAAAGGUGAGGAGUGAUAAGUCGGAGCACAAAAGCAGUGGCAAUACUAAAACUGGCAGGAGUAGUGAGAAAAAGCACAAAGAUGGCAGUCGUCAUAAUUCAAAUAACCACAGCAAUGACCGCAAUCCCCAGCAUGAAUCCCACAAUGAGAACCACAGUCAAAACAAAGUAGAAACAAACAGGACUCGGAGGCAGAGUCGGGAUUCAGUGGAAGGCAACAGCCAAAGAACUGAUGAACGACCCAAUCCAGCAUCGGAGAGACAAGGUCGGAGCACCAGCAGACAUCCUCGAGAGAAGCCAGAACAUAGAGAUUACAGCAGUGACAGCGUCAUCAGUAAUGUGCCGGUGUACAAAGCUCAUAUCGGUGAGAGGCCCAUGUCAGACAGACCUUUCAAUCGUUCACAGAGCACUGACAGGUACCUGGGCGGUAAAGUAGAGCGUAGGCUUAGUGCUGAUAUCCCAGCCACUGAAAAGCUUGAACCCAGGACUCAGCGCAUUGAGAAAUCCAUCAUGCAUGAGCUUCAACAGAGAGGCAGAGCCGCCGAUAAGCAGAGCAGAGGGGUUCCCCUGAGGAGAAGUCAAAGUAUUGAUGCAUACAGCACUGAGAUUCCGCCUCUCUCCCGCCAGUCAAGCCAAACCAGCCAGUUUUCUCGUCAGUCUAGUAUGGAACACGCUAUUCUCACUCAGUCCAUCCCUAUGACCCAACGAAAGCUCCUUCAGGAUCCAAACUCAGGGCAGUACUUCUUUGUUGACCUGCCAGUACAAGUCAAGACGAAAACCUUCUUUGAUCCCAGCACAGGAAGCUAUGUACAGCUGCCAGUUCAGCCACCAGAUGGUGGUGUUCCUCAAGCCCCCCACGUAGAGGUCCUGACUUCGCCACUGGUCGUUUACCACAGCUUCGUGCCAGUUCCUCUGUCCCCCAUGGCUCCGAAAGCCAAAAUCCAAGCAACGGUUGUGGAACCAAACGGGUUAGAGCAGAGGCACCAGGAAAGGGGAAGGAAAAUGCAUAUUAAAGAAGGACAUCCAUACCUAGAGUCAGGCUAUGGUCAACAGGAACUGAUGUUAGGGGAGUUCUUGGGGACAGAAGAGCUGGACUGUCCCUGCUGAUGUGCCUGGUGUUUCACUUCAUUGUGGUAUUUGUUGCAUUCUAGGAGGUGUUCUUGUUAUGUUCUGUCAUGGUUUAACCUUUUGCAACUGAUCUUAACUUCUUUUACUUUAGGUUUCCUACAGUUUCCAGAUGCUUUCUCCCCAAAAUUUUUUUUAUUUCGGUAGUAAUUUGCUUAAAAACACCACAAAAAUUAGCCUUAAAAUGCCAAGCACACCACCAAUGCAGUGUGACAAUGCCAGUUAUUCACCCAUGAAUGUUCUUGGAGCAUUCAUGGAGGAGUAAAUGCUAAUGGUAUGAACUUUUUAUGCUCGUGUCUUUUUUUUUUUCUUUGACUUUGGUUGACCUUGAAUUUUUGCUAAUGCAGAGAAGAACGUGUCCUAGCCUCUGCAGCAUCUGCAUAGAGGAGUGAGUCUGAGUCAACUACAUAUUUAGAAGAAAUAUACAUUUUUGGAUUGCUCAUUUCUGUUUGGGGAUGUAAAAAUAUAAACUCAUGUUGAAAUGAGCAGCAUCUGAUAAGAAAAUACCGACACAUUGAUGUAAAUAUAUUGCCAUUUAAACAGCAAAGACAUGCUUCAAGGUGAGAUGUUUAUAUUUUGUAAAUGCUGAAAGUUUGUAAUACACUACAGAAGUAGUAAUAAAUCGUCACUUAUUUUCAGGUACAGUGGGUUUUGUUUUCUUACGUGGUAAUUUUGUUGCCUUUCUAUUUCCACCUGAUAAGUUGAAACCCUUUACCAUUAAACUUACUUGAAUCCAUUCAACACUUAAAAUAGCAAUACAAAAUUUUCAUACUGCUGAUUUUGACUGGUAACAUCCACACAAAACCCAUUUUGAAGACAUUUUGCGUGUGUUUAAUUAGCCAUCCGCUGAAUGUGUUUCAAACUUUACAAAUUCUACUUAUUGUUGGAAUUUGCAUUCACGGAUUGUUUUUCAGAUGUGCAGCAGUUUUUUUUUUGCAUUUGCAUUUUUCUCAGCUAGAGUCGAGCAGAGCUGUCUUGUGUCUGUGAUCCAUUCCAAUGAAAUAAACAACUGUUUUCAACAGAG